AUGGUUAUAAAUAUACUUAAGUAUGUCGGUCUCCCAAAGAGAUUGACGAAAUUCUCGAGCAAUUUUAGGAGAGAGUUCUCCAGUAACAAGGUGUAUAUAGACAAAGAUACGAAAAUAAUUUGUCAAGGUUUAACUGGGAAACAGGCCUCCUUCCACACAACUGAAUGUCUGAAAUACUACGGAACCAAAUUUGUAGGAGGAGUUAACCCCAAGAAGGGCGGAUCCUCAUGGAAAUCACUCGACGAUAAACACACCCUACCAAUAUUCUCUUCCGUUUCUGAGGCAAAAAAAGAGACAGGAGCCGAUGCCUCAGUGAUUUAUGUACCUCCACCAGGAGCUGCAGAUGCAAUAGUUGAAGCAAUAGAAGCUGAAUUACCAUUAGUAAUUUGCAUAACUGAAGGUAUACCACAACACGAUAUGGUAAAAGUGAAAACACUCCUUAAGGACCCGUACUGUAAAACUACCUUGAUAGGGCCUAAUUGUCCAGGAAUAAUAAAGCCAGAGGAGUGUAAAAUAGGAAUAAUGCCAGGGCAUAUUCACAAAAAGGGUGUAGUAGGAAUAAUAAGCAGGAGCGGAACACUAACAUAUGAAGCUGUAACACAAACAACUGAAAUAGGACUCGGCCAAUCAGUCUGCAUUGGUAUAGGAGGCGACCCAUUUGGGGGAAUUACUUUUACAGACGCCAUGAAAAAAUUUGUAAAAAAUCCUGAAACCAAAGGUAUUUUAAUCAUCGGGGAGAUCGGAGGAACAGCAGAAGAAGACGUAGCAGACUGGAUUAAAGCUAAUCCAACAGAUAAGCCAGUAGUGGCAAUAAUAGCAGGAAUAUCAGCUCCUCCAGGAAAAAGAAUGGGCCACGCUGGAGCAAUAAUCAGUGGUAACAAAGGCACAGCACAUGGUAAGAUUGAGGCUCUCAGAGACGCAGGAGUAGUGGUACCAAACAGCCCAGCUGAAAUGGGUUUAGCAAUGUUCAACGCACUUAAGAAGAAGUAA